AUGAAAAUAACACACUUGCACACAAGCAUCCUUAGGGUUUCUCCACUUGAAUACAAAAGGGUUCCUUGUACAUUUAAAGGCAACAAUAUUGUAUACCAAAUCAAUGAAAAUACCAUAAACCCUGGCUACUUCGCCAUCAAUAUUCUUUAUGUUGGAGGAACAUAUGACGUCACUGUUGUUCAGAUAUGGAAGAAAGAACAACACAUAUGGGAGGCCAUGCGUAGAUCUUAUGGCGCUGUAUUUGACUUUGCUAACCCACCCGAAGGUGAAAUCCGAUUGAAAUUUCAAGUGAGUAGCAAUGUUGGGUCCAACUGGGUGGUGUCACAGUUCACAAUACCCGCGGGUUGGAAGGCUGGUGCUACUUAUUCCACCAAAAUUCACCCUUAUUAA